AUGCCACAAAUUAAAAGCUAUGCUGACGAAGCGACUGCAGCACGAUGGUUAGAAUGGCACACUCGAAUUUCACAACGUUACUCUCAAGUUAGUAGUUUACUUGAAUGGAAUUAUGAAACGAACAUUACAUCUGAAAAUGCGAAACUAAUGAGUAAUCAGAACCUGCUGGUAUCUCCGUUUGCACGACUGACGCUACCGAUUGCAAAGAAGUUCAAUGCACAAUUGAAAAAUUCGACAAACGAAGACCUGAAACGUGUUAUGAAUCGAUGUGCAAGAGGUACAAUAAGUUACGACGAUAACGAAGUUGAAGUAGCCUCGAAGUUGAGCUCACAGUUAGAAUCGAUCUUCGGAACGACAACUGUUUGCGAAUUGAAUAAUACUAAACAGUGUCACACGAUUGAGCCUUAUUUAACGGAAUUGAUGAAAAAAGAGAAAGAUUACGACCGUUUAACAUGGGCAUGGGAAGGAUGGUAUGAUGCAUGCGGAAUGAAAGUUCGACCUGUUUAUCUGACAUACAUCGAUUUAUUGAAUAAGAACUGCAAAGCAAACGGUUAUAGUGAUUUGUCUGAAGAAUGGAUCGAGGACUAUGAGAUGGGAAAUGCUACCGAAUUUGAAGGUAUAUUGGAUCAAAUUCUCAAAGAUAUCGCACCGUUGUAUGAGCAAAUUCAUGCAUAUGUUCGCGGUCGUCUGUGUGCGAUGUAUCCAAAUAAAUUCAGUUGUAAUGGACCUAUUCCUGCUCAUCUGCUCGGUAACAUGUGGGCUCAGAGUUGGGAAUCGCGUUUUGAUGAUUUUAUACCUUAUCCAAAUGCUCCAGUUCCAAAUAUUACUCAAGUGUUACGUGAUCAAAAGUUUUCCAUUCAUCAAAUGUAUAAAACAGCUGAACAGUUCUUCACAUCUAUCGACCUUUAUCCUAUGACACCGAAAUUUUGGGCACGCAGCAUGUUCAAAAAGCCGAAAGAUCGUGAUGUUGUUUGUCAUGCCUCGGCCUUUGAUCUGGGCUACCAUGAUGACUAUCGCACGAAAAUUUGUACACAAAUCGACGAUGAUUACUUUUAUACCAUUCAUCAUGAAAUGGGUCAUAUUGAAUAUUAUAUGUCAUACGACAAAGCACAACCAUUUGUGUACCGUUCUGGAGCAAAUUCCGGUUUUCACGAAGCUAUCGGCGAUACAAUCGGCAUGUUUGCAAUUUCUCCGGCCAAUUUAAUCAAGCUGGGCUUUCUCGAUGAAAAUGCUGUCAAUGAACAAUUUAAAAUCAACUAUCUUCUACGUCUAGCAUUGCAAAAAGUUGCCUUUCUUCCGUUUGCUUACGCCAUGGACAAAUACCGUUUUGCACUUUUCCGUAAUCAAAUCAAUCGUAAUUAUGAAUUAAAUUCAAUGUGGUGGGCAUUACGUGUCGAACAUGGCGGUAUCAUGGCAGCUGUACAUCGAAAUGAUGCGGUUCAUUUCGAUGCUGGAGCGAAAUAUCAUAUUCCAUCCAAUGUGCCCUACGCAAGAUACUUCAUAGCACAUAUUCUUCAGUUUCAAUUCUAUCGAGCACUUUGUCGAAUCAAAGGGCAAACAGAGGAUUUGUACAUGUGUAAUAUUUAUGGCAACAAAGAAGUUGGACGAAGAUUCAAAGAAAUGCUAGCGAUGGGUUCAUCAAAGUCCUGGUCGGACAUUUUAGAACAGUUAACCGGUGAAAGAAAACUUGAGUCCAAUGCAGUCCUGGACUUCUUUAAACCGCUAUACAAAUGGUUGAAAACUGAAAAUGCAGCUAAAGGUUAUCCAGUCGGAUGGAUGCCGAAAUAA